AUGCCCGCCGAUGGCACCCACCUUGGCCAUCCUGGUUCGUUCCCGGGUGUGCUGCUCGACAGUCCCCCUGCCGUCCACCAGUUCGACCUCAUCUGCAACCACGCAGUGAUGGACCUUCCAAAGAUGCGCACCUUUCUCGGGGCCGCGCCAUUUGUGGUGACAAUCCUGCGCGAGCCAGCAGGACAGAUGUUGAGCGCCUUCAACUGGUACGUGAUGGGUGGAAGAAAUGGGGGUGUUAACGCGACUGGCGCAGCCUGCUCCGCUGCGUGGGACGCACAUCUCAAGCGGCUCGAGAGUCUCGACUGCGUGCGCGAGACAGGGGUGGCUACUUGUACACCCGACACCUCAACUCGCAAGCUUUCGACCUGGACUGGUACAAACGCAACUGCAGCACGGCGCACGAUAGAGACGACACUGCGAUAUCGCGGUUUGUGGCGCGACUCGAUCGAUGCGAGUCUGGGCCUGGUAAUGCUGCUAGACCGCCUCGACGAGGGUCUCCUGCUGCUGAGGCGCAAGAUGCAGUGGCCACUAUCAGCGCUCGCGGGCCUCCCCAUGAAAAGGCACACCACGGGCUGCCAGCUUCUCAAGCUGUCUCGCGCACGAUCCGUCAGCGCAGUCGACACGGCACUGUACAACCAUUUUGGCCGCCGCGGCUCAACGCGGGGCUAA